AUGACAGCAUACAAUUCGAGACGGGCCUUUUAUGGCACUGUCAUCCACUCCAAAAGCCCAAGAGAAAUCGCCAUCCUCGAGAAUGCCUUGCUAGUGGUAGUUGACCGCGGCAUAAUCGCUUUCCUCGAGGAUGGCAUUCCACGUGAUAGAGUCUCCGAGAAGAUCAAGGCGCUCAAUACUUCCGAAAUUAUCGUGACUGAGUUGAAGAAAGGACAGUUCAUCAUGCCGGGCUUCGUCGAUACGCAUAAUCAUGCACCGCAGUGGCUUCAUCGCGGGCAGGGCCAAGGUCUCCAUAUUCUCGAAUGGCUCAAUCAUGUUGCUUUUCGCAACGAGUCACUCUUCAAAGACACAAGUCACGCGAGAAGAGUAUAUCCCAUGGUCGUCGAGGGCAUGCUCCGCCAAGGCGUCACCACUGCGAGCUACUACGGUUCACUUCAUGGCGAGGCUACGAGGAUUCUCGCAGAUGUGUGCUUGGAAAAGGGCCAGCGUGCGCUGGUGGGAAAGUGCAACAUGGCUCGCAACGCUCCAGAUUUCUACGUUGAUGCUAGCAUCGAGGAGUCGCUCCAAGUGACACGCGACUGCAUACGACACAUCAAGAACCUCGACCCCAAAGGCGAGCUCCUUCGGCACGUCCUGACGCCGCGCUUCGCUAUAUGCUGCGACGAGUCUCUGCUCAAAGGCCUCGGAGAAAUCGCCCAGGAGAACCCAACAAUGGCCAUCCAGACACACUUCAACGAGUCCGAGCAAGAAAAGAACUUUACCAUGUCCUUGUUUCCGCAGUUUACCAACGAGGCCGACCUGUACGAAAAGUUCAAGCUACUCAAUGAACGCUCCAUUCUUGCCCACUGCACUAUCAUGACACCCUACGAGACGCAAAGGCUGCAGGAUCUGAAAUGCGGUGUCGCGCAUUGCCCAACCUCCAACAUGACGGUCGGCGGAGGCUUCAUGGCCGCGUCCAUCAAGGACUUUUUAAACCGCGGCAUGAAAGUCGGCCUGGGUACAGACUCUGGCGGCGGCUACUCUAUUUCCAUGCUUAAUGCCAUGCGCCACUGUUUAGUCAACUCGUUUGCUCGUGAUUUUCUCGAUGCGCGUGACGGCGGUUCUGCAGUCACGAUGGAGGAGGCAUUUCACAUGGCUACAAUUGGUGGUGCUCGCGUUGUCGGUUUUGGGAACGAGAUUGGCGAUUUCCAAGUUGGAAAACAAUUUGACGCGCUCCUGGUUGAUAUGACUGACGCAAGCUGCAGCGUCACCGCGCCACUGGAGCAAGACGAUACUAUGCGAACGUUGCUAGAGAAGUUUAUCAUGACAGGCGAUGAUCGAAACAUAGCCCGAGUCUACGUCCGGGGACGACUUGUCCAUGGCUGCUAG